AUGGAAUGUGAAAUUUGUUUAGAAGAGUUCAACUUGCAAGCGAAUUUACCUAUGGUAAUCACCUGCGGUCAUACACUCUGUAGAUUGUGUUUAAGAUUAAUAUUUAAUACAGAAAAUAUCAUAUGUCCAUUUUGCAGAGAAGACAUCGAAAAGCCGCUUUAUGAAAUUAAGCCAAAUUACUCACUCCUAUCCUUGAUUGACAAGCCUAAUUCAAAUCCGUCUCCAAAAAACAAGAACAUUCAUAUAAGACUUGAACUGCCAUGAAAACUAUUCUGAACGACUCGCUACAUUGUAUGUGAGAAUAAUCAUGAACUAACGUGAGUAAGACAUCCCGAGCCAAAAUCUUGCGAUGUUUGUUAUAGAGCGAUUGAUUAUGGAUCGUUUUAUUGUGAUCAAUGCAAUUUUUCUAUAUGCGAAUGUUGUGAAAAUAAAGUCUUAAGGGAGCAUUUCAAAAUUUCUUGCCCUGGAGAGCAUAAGCUGCAAUCUAAAUUUUGCUAUUAUGAAGACCCAUCAUACUGCGACUCUUGUGGUAUAACUAUAGGUGGAAUUUGCAAGGGCUGCGAUAUGUGUGAUUUUGAUCUUUGCUUUAAUUGUUUAAACCAACUAAAAAAUUCAAUUGUAAAGGGCGUAUUUAUGGGCUAUAAGAAAUUAAAAUGAACAGCAAGACCAUAUAAUAUUACUUGAAAUGGAAUUUCUCAAAGCUUUAUUUGCAAUGUAUGCGAAUGUGAAUAUUGAAAUAUAGGUUCUUUUCACUAUAGAGAUAAUGAGAACAAUGAUGAUCUUGAUGUUUGCAUUCUUUGCUCAAAUUUCUGUUAA